AUGAGUUCUGACGAAGAAGAUUUUAACGAUAUCUACGGGGACGACACGAACAACAAUACUCCUGCUACUGCUGCUGCUGCUACUAAUAGUGGUGCUCCAACUGCCACGACAGAUACUAUCAAGAGUGUCACCACCACCGAUCAAAAAGAUGCUGAAAACAAAGAAGGGGAUGUUAAGACGGUAAACGAAGGUACUAAUCAAGUAGAUCAUUUAGCUGCUCUUGAAGCGCUAUCAUCUAAUUUGAAUCAGAUAUCUACAACAAAUAGUAAUAACAUUAAUAACGUUAAUAAUAAUAGUAAUAAUAAUUCUAACUCAAGUUCGGAAACUAAUAAUAACAUUAAUAGCUCCGAAAAUGCUGUCAACAAUGGUAGUAUUUCCAAUUCAACAAAUAAUGAAGGUAAUAAUAAUAAUAGCAAUGGUCUUAAUCCGAAUCCUGUCAAUAAUAUGCCUGUUGGUGCCAUGCCAUGGGAACAACUACAACAAAGUAUGUCUCAAUUUCAGCAACCACCUCAGCCUCCAAUGCCUCCACAACCAAAUCAACAAGCACCACGUGUGCCUGUAAAGGCUGACAUCUCUAAAGAUAAUUGUAAAAUGUUUAUAGGUGGUCUAAAUUGGGAAACUACAGAGGAUGGUUUAAAGAAUUAUUUCAGUAAAUACGGUAAUGUCGUAGAGUUGAAAAUCAUGAAGGAUGGGGCUACGGGUAGAUCAAGAGGUUUUGGAUUUUUAACUUUUGAAAACCCUUCUAGUGUCGAUGAAGUCGUUAAGACUCAACAUAUUUUGGAUGGUAAAGUUAUUGAUCCAAAGAGAUCAAUUCCAAGGGAAGAACAAGACAAAACAGGUAAGAUUUUUGUUGGUGGGAUAGGUACAGAUGUAAGACCAAAGGAGUUUGAGGAUUUCUUUGCCCAAUAUGGUACUAUUAUUGAUGCACAAUUAAUGUUGGAUAAAGAUACUGGUAGAUCAAGAGGGUUUGGAUUUGUCACUUAUGAUUCUGGUGAUGCAGUUGAUAGAGUUUGUCAGAAUAAAUACAUUGAGUUCAAAGGUAAACAAAUUGAAAUAAAAAGAGCAGAGCCAAGACAUAAUCAAAGGGCAGCCGCUUCCCAACCAAUGAAUACAAAUCAAACACCACUAGGUAUGGUAAAUCCAAUGGCUCAAAUGUAUCAACCUCCUGUAAUGGGAGGGUUCAAUAUGUAUAAUCAACCUGCUAUGCAAGAUUAUUAUCAAAAAAUGCAAGAAUAUUAUCAACAACUACAGCAACAAACCGGGAUUGAUUAUUCCCAAAUGUAUCAACAGCAAAUGGCCAUGAUGAUGCCAGGAUUUGCUAUGCCACCUAUAGAUCCAAGUGCACUUGCUCAAGCGGGGUCUGGUAGUCCAGGGCAAAUAACUAACGAAAGCAAUAACACAUCUAAUGAACCUUCAUCAUCUAAUGUCCAAACAAUUGGGGAGGAAACAUCUGCCAAUAUUGAGCAGCCAAAGGAGGCUAGUAGCACAGUCGAUAACCAUAACGCCAGUGGCAGCACGGACUCUAGUAGGGCACCAGAUUCACCACCAUUGAACUUGCCAAGAGGGCCUAGAAACCCUUCUGCAACACCGACAGCGGGCUCUAAUUAUCGCGGAGGUGAUAAUGGUGGAUACCACUCUCGUAGAGACGGGUACCGUGGCGGUCAACGUGAUAAUUAUCGUGGACACCGUGGACGUGGAGGAAGCUAUAACAGAAGAGGUAAUUCAUAUCAUCCAUAUAAGAGAUAA